AAGCAGACAUUGAAUAUUUUUUCGUUAUGUUCUGUUGCUGGCUACGAGCGAGUAGCCGCAGAUCAGCAGCUAUCGUGGAGUGUAGAGCCGUCUGGGGCGUUGUAGGUAUGAUUGGAAACUGACGAAGUUUCCGCCCCACUAAUGAUCGGCAAUUCGUAAGACGCUUAGAAGCUCGGCGGGGUGAAAUAAAACGCACGGCCGAGUUCAUGCAAAGCAACUUAGCUCAUGGCUACAGUUACGGUGACCAUCAGUGGUCCUUUGCUGGCUACGCUCAUAUAUGAGCAUUGCAACAGUCCUGGCGACCAGGAGGGUUUUCUCUUGGGAGAAAUAUCAAGUCGUAUAACGGAUACGAUCAGUGACGCGCAGCUGCACGGCGAAAAAGAGGAGACUAACCUCAAAAUAUGUUCUAUUAUCUCGUGUGACCUUUUCGAAUUCUACGACAAAAAGUGUCAUCUAGUUGCGGACAAAUUGUCGGCACUGCUACGAGACAAGCAAAAGGAGGUGGUUGGGUGGUACCGCUUCAGGCGCAACACAAGCCUGCAGACAUCCCUGCGGGAACAAGUGCUCCACCAGCGAUUGGUUCGAAAGCUUGGCCAAGGCUAUGGAAAUUACUUCCUGCUGGCACUCUUCAGAGGCUGCACCUCAUCCAAUGAUGCAACACACUCCAUGGAGCAUGUCUUCUUACGGUCCACAGAUCCUGCUUUCAAGCAUUAUUCUGCAGUUCCCCUACAUAUAGUGAACCUUGGAGAGCCUGGUCAUUCAGACUACCGCAUGUACCCUGGUUCUGCUGCCAGCAUCCACCAGGGGGCUUUCUGUGAAGUCCUGAACUCUCUGCCUGCUGACGGAUCAAUUGAAAUGGUGAACCACAUGCAUAGACUGCAUAAUCUGCUCCACACCAAACUGAGGGAAGUGCUCAACAGCGUUGCUGAAUCUGAAGAAGAUGUGGCCACAUUUGUGGACGACAUUGUUCAGUUGAGAGAGAAGUAUGGAGCAUUGAAGAAGGCUACUGUUGGGCCAAGUACCUCAGCGUCUGCAUCAGAGAGCGUCUCAACAACUUCAAAGUAGAAGUCUGUGGUGUACAUUUACAUUGACUGGAUGACUGUGAAAAAAAAAAAGAAAAUGUGAGCAUAACCAUCUAAUAAAUUUUGCGUCAGUCUUUUUUUUUUUUUUAAUGCAGAGGUAUGUGUUGUACAUGAGGUAUAACAGGUCUGCCAUGUCAGUAGUUCACCCCGUUUUGUUAUCCUGCAUGUACCUGCUACAGCAGAUGAAGCUAUUGAAGGUGAUGCAGCUUGAUUUAUUCAUUAGUAAGCCAAUUCGCGGCAUGAAGAAACAUGACGCAUAGACAGGACAAGCACAGGCUGCCGACUAAAUUUGUUCACCAUUUCAUGCCAUAACACAUCAUCAUCUGAACAGUGCAGUGCACUUGCAUAAACAGGCAACAAGAAAUGAUGAUACAGCAUACCUAUGUUACUAGCACGUGUCUGUUUCAUGCUUCACACAAUUAAUUUAUUUAUAAAUUGUACAGCUACUAAUGCAACAUGCCAUUCAAAUUCUCUCUGUCUAACCUCGAUUCAGCUAACUUUAAUGCAGUGAACUUUCUUCCUUCCCUUGGAUGCUUCCAUAUAAGGUAAUGUGUUAUUUUUCUAGAUUUAGUGACUCAAUUUUGCAUUGUGGUUUCAGUGGUAGUGACCUUUCCUGAUAGUAUGGAAGACCCUAUACUGCUCUGUAAGAGUAGGGGCCAAUAUCUUGUUCGACCAGUUUCUGGGAUACUUUCACUUCUGCGUGAUAUAACACUGAGCAUGACACCUCUUUGGAGCGGAGGGCAUCAUGUUUGCUGGCUCUUGCAAUGUAUGCACACCGCAAGUGAGAUCCCUAAAAGUGAUGAACCAAAAAUAUGGCUUCAAAAUUGUGCAGGCAGCCCCACCUUUUGCAUGACCCUGCCGCUGUCACAACUGGCUAUACUGCUGAAUCUAAAAAGGCCCUGCACCACUUUUUGAACAUGGUAAAUAAACUGUUUACAUGGCCUG